UUCGCGUAUAGAUGUGUCAUAGGAAAAUCAGAAAAGUAAAUCAAUUACUAAUUUUCCGUCGGCUAGCAAUAGUAAAACUCGUUCGCAAAUAGCUUUUAAACUUUAAAGGCUGCAUAUUUCGAUCGGUAUCCAUGAAAGUUAUUUCAAUAGUUGAUCAACGUUGAGAGUUUGCAAAUCGCCCUAUUUUUACGCUGGAGGAUAUUGAAAAUCCGUACACUAGACCAAUUUUAGUUUUAGGAUUCACGUUUUACUCGGUCAUAGUGAUACAGUUUUGAGUUUCAUUUGAAGAUGGAAAGAUACUAAUAUAUUCAAGACAAUGGAAGUGCUUUAGGUGCAAAUAUUUGGAAAAAUUGUGCGAGAAGGCGCUGCGAAACAAUUCGAUAUUGGAAUUUCCGCCUUGUUUGUGGCAGUGGGUGGGGAUCGCGAUUCUAUACACCCCCGCGUUUAUUCGCCAUUCAAACGAGACCCACCGAGGACCGCACCUGAUAUUCUUGCUGCUGAGGACGGCACACAGAAAGAGCAGCAAUUUUACAAACUUUCCGUGGUUUGCGAAGUGUUGUUAUUCUUCGUUUCGUCCUUCGUUUUGUUUCACCGACCGGGAUAUGGGAUCGGAAAAAAUGUCCGAUGUUUUGUCCCAUAACACCACCGACAACAAAUGGCUAUAUUUGAGAAACGAUUCGAGCAGAAGGUUGUCCUAGACGAUACGGAAGCGAUUAUCUGUACCAUUGAGACAGCACAGAAUAUUGACGGACAUACGGUAAGUGUGGGAAUAUGUACUAAAAGUGCAGCGUGGACCGUAUCCAGAAAACAGCUGGCGUAUUUUAAGACGGUACAAUGAAUUCGCUUCGCUCAACAAAUGCUUGCAAAUAUCGGGGAUUGACCUGUCAUUUCCUGGGAAAAAGUUUAUUGGUAACAUGCGUCCAGAUUUCAUAGCUGAGCGGUUAUUUGCAUUGCAGAAGUAUAUAAAUCAAGUACUAAUGAAUCCCAUUUUGGCGUCAUCACUACCUACCAAAAAAUUCAUCGAUCCGGACAGUUACUCUACACCGUUCCAUGAUCUCGCCCUCCAAUAUGCGUCGAUGAGUUUGCGCACAGAAGGUGCCUACACGUUGGGCCAAUCGCUGGGUCCGAUAGGCUGGCGUUUACGGAAGCACUAUUUUAGAGUCGUGCAUAAGCCCCAGGGCAAUAAGCAUUCGCCAGGCCACUCAACCACAAAGCACCAUUUGAUAAAAUCCAGCUCGCAGUCCCAUGGAAAGCAGCAUACGACGCAGGUUUGUGUGACCACCUCAACGGAGAAGGAUUACAACAGCUCGAGGGAAGGUGGCGGGCGGGACGAUUUGAUUCUAACGUGGACUGAGUUCGGACCGGACAAGUAUAUCGACGAGAAGGAGAUCCACAAUGUGUUGAAGAACUUCGGGAGCGUGCAACAUCCGUAUAUCGCACCGAUAGAAUAUAUAACAUCGAACGAUAGCGGGGCGCUGGUCAUUCGCAAGUUCUACAAGCAGGGAAGUCUCAAAGAUGUUCUGUGUGCAGCUUCGCCCUGCAAUCCGUUCCUUUCGAAAUACGGCAGUCCGAAGGGGCGAGCGCCUUUGCCGCUGAAAGAACUGGCACUCUAUGCGCGGCAGAUCCUGGAGGCGAUUCGUUUCCUCCACUCGAAAGGGAUGGCUUGUGGCCAUGUGCACUGUGGCAACGUCUUGAUCGUGGACGGGGUAGCGAAGUUGAUGGAUGUGGAGAACUUUAUUUUUGGAGUUCCCUCGUUCUAUAGGCCGUUUUUUGUCCAGCAUAGCAAAAUCAACAGCUGUGAGGCUAUCGAUGUGUACGGAUUCGGACAUCUGAUGUACGAGAUGUGUAUGGGUUACCCCCUGCAGGAUUCGUACGCACGGCAGAUCUCCGACUGUCCGGAUAGUUUGAAGUCUUUGCUAGAGUCUAUAUUGCUGAAGGAUGCUUGUAAGUCAGCAUUACCAACACUUGACCAGCUAGCGACUCACGCGUUCUUCAGCGAGUAUGCGUCAAACUUCAAUGAUCUGUAUGCCAUGGCCAUAUGUGCCCAAAAACCACACCUGAAGUUCUCAACCAAUGCCAAAGAACAGCUGAAAAUAGCGAUUCAGAAGACUGAGAAUCGCGUACGCGAUGAGCAGAAGUCUGUGAAGAAUCAAAAACGUCUAGUCAGAGUACAGGAAAUGAUGACUUCCGAGGAGGAGAAGAAAAAAAUCAAGCACAAAGCGAAACACGAGCAGCGUCAGGCAAAGAUGCGCGCCCAGAAUUCGCUCCAACUGAACAACGGUCCUCCGCAGGUGGUAGCGAUUAACACGAGCUCAGGACCAACUGGUGCCGUCAUCGGUAAAUCGGAUAGUGCAAACAGUAUUAUCUCCCCACAGGAGGCAAAUCUGAUGUCCCCACCGCCUCAUGCGACCGAUAGCGGCGGAAGUGGGUCGUCUCCGCUACCACCUCCAUCGGCACCGCCUUUUCCAUCGCCAUCGAGUAUUUCACCGUUUGAGCUAACAGCAGCGGGAUCCAGCACCGGUAAUGGUAAGCAUCUCAACAAGUCAAUUUCUGGUGAUGAUAGCACCAAUCGUAGUGCCCUAUUGGAUUCAAUUUGUAACUUUAACAAGAGUGGAUUGAAAAAAAUCACCGUUGAGGAAAAGUGAGGCGUGGCGGCGUUUGGGCGCUGAAGCACGCGUGGUCUCCGAUAUCAAAAAUUACUUUCACUAAUCAAAAGGUGCAGAUGUAGGGCACUAGAUGUAGCCAAACUGCACUGAAAACAUCAACACGAAUGUACACUGAAACUGUCGGAAAACCUUGCAGGCAAACAAACAAAUCAACAAACAAGUAUCAAACUGAAGGAAGUAUUUUGGACCAAUUUUCGCACACUUCAGUGCGUACAACAAUACAAAGGCGUAUAAAUAUCGACAUUUGAUCGUUUUCCAUUACCCAAAGUCGUUUCUAUUGGUGUAUGAUGUAACGCGCUCUUGGAAGCAUUGUUUUACUUUUGAAAACAUGGUAUGUUUAUCUUUGAAGAUAUCCCCUCGGAUUAUAACAUUUACCCAACUGCUAUUUAUCCGAAUACUAGCUGACCCGGCAAACUUCGUCCCGUCCAAAAUUUAUUUUUCGUUAUCAAUACCUCCAAACAUUCACUGUUUCUUACUAACGAUCAUGGGUCCAAUCUUAGAAUUGUUCAUUGAUUCAUCUUCUAAUUGACCCUUUACAAUUUAUUUUUAAUAUAAAUUUCCUAGGACUUCUAUCAAAACUCGUCAUUAUAAUGCCAGAUUAUUUUCAAACACAAUUCUCGUUCAAGAUUUUUCAAUCACUUGUAAAUAACAUGUUUCUCCGUUACAUCGAAUAAAUGUUUGAUACCGAAAAUAUGAUAGAAUGAAGAUAGCCCUAAAUCGGAUAAUUCCUUCUUCGAGUUUUGCUCUUAUCAACACAUUCGGCGAUCCAUAGAAGAAGAAGAUAUAGGAGUGCAUUUUAUCAUUGUAAAAUCUAUUUCCACUUUCGAACAAAAAUCAAUUUCGUUGGCUCAAACAUCAAAUGGAAUAGCAACACUUGUCACUAUGUAAUUAUAGAACAUAUGGGAAUUGAAUUUUCCGAAUUUUCCCAUUUCCCUUCAGAGUUUUCCGAAAAUUUUCAAUUGUCAUGUUUGGUUGAAAUAUGUGUAAUAUUUUCAUGGGGCCCCCUCUCCAUUCCAGAGGAGGGAAGGGUGUCAUACCAUCAUAGAAACGGUUCUCGUACCCAAAAACCCUCACACCCCAAAUUUGGUUCCGUUUGCUUGAUUGAUUCUCGAGUUAUGCGAGUGUCAAACCACUAUAGAAACUACUGCCCUUAUAUUAUUAUAAUUCAUUGAUUCUCGAGUUCUGCAGCAUCCCCCCUGAGGGAGGGGGAGGAGUGUCAAACUACCAUAGAAACAUUUAUCGAUCCAUAAAAACUUUUCAUGCCAAGUUUGAUUCCAUUUGCUUGAUUAGUUCUUGAGUUAUUCAGCCCCUCUCCGCUUCAGAGUGAGGGGAGCCCCAGGAUCUCGAUUAGUGCCCGUUGUUUCAUGUCGUCACUCCGUAUUCUUCUAACUUGGAUUUCCGUGACAGUUUGUUGAUUUCGGUGCAGUGGGUUAUUAGCCCAAAGACCCUAUCCUCCGCGACGGGUUUGCCAUCUUUGCUGUAGCUUCGCUGUAGCCGGAUGCUCGUCACCACCACCAAACGUCUCCGUCUUGGACGGCGGUCGCGAUUUCAACCACCAGAUAGCAGCAAAAAAUCAACAACACAACCUCCUUGAAGACAAAUGAAACAUGUACCUGCUCCCAAAAUACACCAGCGCUAAACCAAAACACGUCCGCCUCAGACGACGGAUGGUAUCCAAGAGAGCGAGCUUUUCCAACCGCUGUCUUUCCUCUCUCUCUUUUUCUGAAAGCUCGAUGCUGUCGCCGUGACAGAUGUAAUGUGUUGAAUUGUGUAGGGGUGUACUGCAUGCAGAACGCCCAGAACGUAACAUGGUGCAUUUAACUCACUGAAUUCCUGGAGCGGAAAACUGGAUAACUCUGAGCGAUCGAUGUUUGUUGUUGGAUGGUCGUAGAAUUAUUCCGGAAUGAGCAUUUAUAGUCUUCUCGGUAAGCUGAGCGAAGUCCUCGUAGUACCAACGGUAAACGGUAAUGGUAACGACGCAAAUCUUUCAUCAAUGUUGGUAUCUUAUAUUCGAGGACAGCGGGAACACGUGACGCAAUGGGACGUAUUCCGUCCUUAUUAAUCAAAUAUCCUAGAAAUUGUACCUGUUUGUGUUGACGUGCUACUUAUUUUCAGUCAUGCUUACCGACACUAUACAAACAUCGUCGAAAAAUACGAUGACGAAGUCCAAAUCCCCGUAUAGUUUGUGCAUGACCCAGCUAACUUACAUUGCAGAGGCCAAAGGCAUGCGCAUAAAUUCAUACAGACCGAACGAUUUAUAGAAUAUCUGCUGUUUCCACCGGAAUAUUCUAGUAAUCUCUGACUAGAUCCGCAGUGAAAACGGAUCUAGUUGGAAACUGUUGACAAGAUCGUGGAUGUGAGGUACAGGGUACCUGUUAGGGAUUGUAGCUCUAUUCAAGCGCUGAUAAUCGCCCACAAACUUUAAUUCACCGCUUUUUUCUUGGGAACACAAUGAACAGGGCUUACCGAGCUGCUGCUCAAAGGGUGACAUAUUCUCAUUUUGCACAUGGCUUGGAACUCGUCGUUUGCUGCUUGAUGUUUUCUGGAUGCAUACAACGUGGCUUUGAAGAACCCCGUGUAAUUAUAUGAUGUGUGAUAUUGUACUUAGCUUCCGGUUGAUUCGACGAUGAAAUUAAUAUCUCUCGAUACGAUGUGAACAAGUUUCGAAACGGAUGUUGGGAGUCUACAGCAGUUAUUCCAUGGAGACAAACUUCCGACAAACAAUCAGUAGUUCGUAGCUUCGUUGUCUCGUCGAUCAAGUGUCGUUAUUUUAGAUCCAAUUCAAAAAGUACUAGCAAAUUCGCACCAAUGAUUGCGAUAUUUACAUCUGCCACUAGGGAGCGCUACUUGGAAUAUCGUCGAUGGCCGAGAUCCCCUGUGAUAAAGUUACUCCCAUAAGUCUGUAUCCUGGGUCCAUUUGCUGCAUGUAAGGAAAACGGAACGGUCCGUCCUGCUCUAUUCCUUCUUGUUGCUGGUAUGAUGGACACAUCCUAGCCUGUGUUAACGAGGAAACGAAUUUUGCUUGUUUUGUCGAAAAUUACGAGUUGACGGUGUGACCUACCUGUGUCGAUUCAGGCGCGCUACCGACUAGUAUUUUUCUAUCCAUGAAUGCGCAAGGCUCUCUGCAACGAUCUGCGACCAGCAUUUUGUCCAGUUGGUUGAGCUGGAGUCCGAACAGCUGCGAUGAUGGCCGAGGAUGAAUCGAUCAUUUUAUGCUCAGUAUCACUCGAACGUUUUGCGGUAUCCUUCAAAGGAAUAACAUCUUUAAUGCCUCGUCAACAUUUUAUCCCGUGGAGCUCUCCUGAUCUUGGCGAAAAAUUAUGUUGAUUGAAGAUUAAAGUUAAACCUUAAUCGCAAGAACUAAGUAACUGUUCGGGUCACGCCUGUGGUGAAAGAGCUCUUUUACUGCACUGUAUUUCCAUCCUUCGUCACAUGUGUCAGUUGGAAUUGCGCCUUCGGUCCGUGCGAACCACAUGUGUGUAUCUUCCUGAAAUCUGGUAACUUAAUUGUCGCUGCCAUAAUAUUCUGAUGUGCCGGGGCUAAGCCCAUCAUUUUGUACACUGCUUAGGAAAAAUGCGAAAUUAUACGAUAUUCAAUUCGAUUUUUGCAUUUAUUUCUUCACGAGUGUUUUUAUUUAUAACGAUUUUUCAGACUGACUUGCUCCACAUGCAGUGGAGUCAGAUUCUAGGACAACUAAUCAAAUAGGGCUACCACAAUCCGAAUGAUGAAGAAGGAAACAUCCAAUGUCAUACAAUUUAAAACUUUGAAGCAAAUGGCAAAAUUAGUUUUCAGCCGAAUUCAUUCCUGUUUUUGUUUAAUUUUGACGAAAUGAUUUAAUCGUACACUUUUAUCACCGAGAGAUUCGAAAAAAAUCUCGAUAAUUUUUUUUUGCAUAUUUUCUUUUUUUUUUCAUUCGGGUGAACGAAAUUUUGGGUAAAUGUGAAUGGUAUCUGUAGAAAUAAUAUAUAACCUUCUCUUGAGAAUAUCGUUACUCUUUCGAGUCAAUGUUUGAAUUUUACAUUUUUAAUUAAAAAAAAUCCUUUUUUUGUGAAAAAAGUUUAAUUUUUAUUUUUUUUUUCAAAGAAUUCGUUCAUCGAGUAUUCCCUUCUAUUCGUUCUGAUUCAAUUGAUUAAAAUGCUAAGAAUUUACAGACUAUAAGUGUUAUUCCUUCUAUUGAACUUCUCAGCUAUUGAGGAUAUCAUUCAGCCUUUGCAUGAUCAAGAACACAACCAAGACAAACACAAAUAACGACUUUGCUUCCUAUGUGUUUAUGGCUUUAAAUCUAUGAAAAAAUAUGAAUAUUAUGAAAAUUUAUAAACAAAACAUACAUGAGAUAGAAAUACAGCUAGCAUACUUAAUGGCUAUACGUAAUAGAAAGAUGGGCGGUGUAAUUGUAGUUAUGUCGGAAGUAGUUCAAAGAACCCUUAGUGAUUUGUUCAGAUUCCACAUUCAUUGUUAGCCGGCUUGUGACAAUUAGUUAAACGUGAUAGACCAAAGAUGAUAAGACAAGUAUAUCUUUCUGCAUUCUACUAUGUUUCAGUAUCAUGAGAUGCAUAUUUUGAGAUAAGCGUAUCUGUUAAGAAUCGAGAAAAUAGUAAAAUGUAGUAAAGACAUAUCCACCGUGUCAUUUCAGGUUUAUUUUGCCGACGCGUAUAAUGUUGCAUCGUAAUGUUAGAUAAGUAAAUUGAAGCUUUCUUGUUAUUUCACAAUGUUAUACUUUUUUAUUUCCAAAAAGCAUCCGUUUGAUGUAAAACAUAGUUGUGCGAAAUUUCAGUAUCCUUUGCUGGAUUGCGUUAUUCAUAUAUACAUCGCGAAAUAUAAGUAUUGUAAUUAUUGUUGUAUGUAAAUGUAUGUUUGUUUUCCAAAUUUCGUUGGAGUUGGGAGAAAUGCAACAGUGGCAAAUGGAAAUGAUCUUAUGAUUGAUAUAAUGCUAGAAAGCGAAUUCUUGUAACACUACUGUAUGGAAGUAAACAAAUUGUUUUGUGUAACUCGAGGAAAUGUUUUCGAAGAUAAGAAUAAGCAUCUACACAUUCCAAUAGAAAACGUGUUAAGUGAACUUUACCAAUCUUUCAUCUUCUACCACUAUUUAUGUUAUUCAUGUUCAGUGCCAUAUAAAACAUAUUGAAAGAAUAUACGAUGGUCGAAAAGUGUUAUUUCCCGCAGCAUCAGCUAUGAUUCUGCUAGAGUUAUUGAAAAAAGUGAAACGAAAACAAAGAUCUUCUAAACAUUAUAUAUUUACCAAGCAUCUUACCACUAUCUCUUCUUAUAAUUGUGAUUUAUGUGAGCAAAAUUGUACUCCGACACAUCUACCCUUUUAUAUCCAACCGUGGCAUCGAACAGUCUCGAACUAUUCGAUAGAAAUCUAAAGAACAAACAAAAAAUCUAUUCAUAUUUCAUAACACUGGAUAUUCUAGUAAUGGUUCUAGUAAUAUUCAACUUUUUUGAUAACAGCAAAAUUUAUAGAAAAAAAAAGUUUAUUUUAAUAUCAACUAUUCACUUUAGAAAUGCACCUAAUGAACACCUCAACACGAAUAUAAGCCGCUGGGAACAUAAAGAAGUUGAUACCGCAUUUGUUUAUUCUGUAUGUCUCCUCCAGUAAUUUAUAGAAAUAAAUGUGAACGUACAGAAUCUACAAAUACGGGAACAUACCGAAUGUGCUAAUACCAGUUAUAUAAGCAUACAAUCCGAGUAUAUUUAUAAACUAAAAUGAAAAGAUAAAUAUAACGAUUUCCGCCGGAAUUGUUUUGUGUUAAACUCAUUGCAUACUAACGACGGUAUAUAGUUUAAUGUCAGUAACAACAAUAAUGUGUUUUUAUAUGCCGUAUUGCAAACAUAAGCGAUCAGUUACAGACACAAUUUUUCUACCAUAUACAUUUGAGCAUACACUAAAUUAAAGUCAUAUUGUGUGAACGUGACGUUAUACUGUUAUCAUUAUGGGUAUCUAUGGAACGCCCAAAUUGUAACACAGUCCGCCAAGGAAUUAUUUUUAUGCGUUGUUUUUUUUUUUUUUGGAGGUUGAAGAACGAUACGUUCGAAGAGAUUAAACAUGAGAGAAGAAACAAACAUAAAUAUCACAAUACCAGCAAAAUUUAAACAAAUGAAAUAAAUUGAAUAAACAAAAGAAGUAUAUUUGUCAUAAGGGA